AUGGCUGGAAUAGCGUUGCUUUUAGAUUUAUGGAGGAAAAACCAAAGCUUUAACACAGAACGGACCUAUCAAUCUUCUUGGUUUUUUUCUGCAUCUGCCACUGCUGCCACUUAUGCUGCCGGCACCACUUUUGCCUCGAGGGAUUUCUUUGGGGCACCAGUUGCUUAUUGCGAUGCUGGAGCAGCAAUUUCUGAAGAUUACAUUUCUAGUACACGAAGUGUACCUCAGAAAUAUUUUUACCAUGAUACUCUAAAAUAUAGUACAAAGAACUACACCAUUGAACUUAAACCACUGUUUUCUGCUUUUGAAUUGAAGUCAUUUGCAAUGAUUACAUUGAGGUCAUUCUUGAUGUUCUAUUUGCCUCUAUUGGAGCCUCAUGCAAAGAUGGAACAAGAUGAUAAUGACUUUGUACAAGACAAUCAAGAUGAUCUUCGUGGCAAUCUGACUGUUCCCUUAAAAAAAUCAGUACUUCAAAUCAUCCGUGAGGUUACUGUCGUGACAACUAGACGCAUUUUAGAAAGGAUCACUUUACAUUAUUUUUCAAGAAGAUUGGCAUGGAAACUGCUCAAAGACGUUCCUCAAUCAGCUGCUCGCAAAGCUGGAAGGAAAAUGCCUACUUUAGUUUACUUAUUCUCUGUGAGCAAAGCAACUUUCAGAGGGCACAUGCUUGGAGUUGCAGCAUCAUGGAUUGUCCAAGUAGGAGUUAGAUUAGUUCAAUUCUUCACUACCAAGUCAAAGAAUGAGGAUGAUAAUAUUGACAAAGCUGAUAGAAUCAGACUUCUUAAACAGAAGGUUUUCAUUGCUACAGUUAGGUGUAAUGCAUCUCUAAUUUUUGCCUCUCUUGGGGCAGGUAUUGGGGCUACCCUUUUUCGUCCUUCAGUUGGCCAGUGGAUUGGUUGCAUUGUUGGUGAUUUGGCUGGUCCGGUUAUUGUAGUACUUUGUGCUGACAAAUUUUUUCACUUGAACCUUUAG